CAUGCUCACAUGGCCUUUUUAGGUGAACGUCUGAAAUCUGUCAGAUCAGCGGAGCGUAUCUUCUCCUAAUACCCUCAAAUAUCUGACUGUGCUUUCUGUCCCUAGUUAAUGCUGGAUAAUUUAUCGUAACUCGAGCUGUAACCAGUUUGGGAUUUUGUGCUUUUUGACGUUUGUGGCCGACGGGAACAGCAAAGAAUGACGAGCAGUUCAAAGCGGAAAGAAGAAAGUCAUCUGGCGAAUGGGGGUGUAAAACAGUCCACAUGGAGCAAAGCCUUCAACAGUAACGCUGUUUGGGAAGAGAAGGAUGAGUUUUUAGAUGUGAUCUACUGGCUCCGGCAAAUUAUUGCAGUAAUCCUUGGAGUGAUAUGGGGGGUUGCACCAUUGAAAGGAUUUCUCGGAAUAGCCAUAUUCUGCAUCAUCAAUGCUGGCGUCCUGUAUGUAUACUUCAGCAGCUUUCAGCAGAUUGAUGAGGAGGAAUAUGGCGGCACGUGGGAACUCACCAAAGAAGGAUUCAUGACAUCUUUUGCUCUCUUUCUGGUGGUGUGGAUAAUCUUUUACACAGCUCUACAUUUUGAUUGAGAGGACUCCACAGGACACUAAUAACAAACAUUUCUGUUGAAGCGAAUGGUCAAGACACAGGAACUCCAUGGCUCGAGGAGAUUUAAGGCUCCUCCAUACAGUACAAUUUCUCAAUGUGCAAUGCAUCACGGGAAUCGAGUUCGAUCCCAGCAAGACUACCGUGACGAACGUGUUAAGAUACACCAUUGUUCUAUGACGGUUCCUCCUUGUACGGCACCUUCCAUUGCAUUUACUGUAUGUUUUACUUCCUUCCUCACCCCACAGUCAAUAUGUGUGUAAAACACUAAGAAUACAGACAGCAAAGAUGUAACAGAUGGCUUAUUUAUCCUAGUUUAAUGCACAUGAGCUGGUCAGAGAAAUUCUAGGAAGGUGCAAAAAAUAUAUAGUCAUUAGUCCCAUUAGUUAAAUUUGUGAACCAAUGAUUUGCAGUUUAACUACAAAAUUAUAUAUUAGCAUUGUCAACUAAUCUAGGGACAGAAAAUUAGCCCCAAAAUAUUGUGACUGUAAAGAAGCAUUAAAUUAAAUAUUAGUCGUUAGUUCUCCAACAUCUGGUGUCCAACAAAUUGCAAAAAAAAUGUUGCUAACCACAGCUGACUGUACAGAAAAAUAAUUUGUGCUGAGAUUAA